UCCGUAGCGCCAAACUUAAGCAAUUUUGUUUUAAUCAUUUGUAAAUAUGGAAGUGACACCGUACGGGAGCACAUGUAAUUUAAAAUGAUACAUAUUGCAUUAAUUAACUUUGAUAGAGCUCAUUACAGCAGUACAGGGCGGGUCUUUCUAGAGUUUAGAAAGUCUAGAGUCUAGGAUAGUAAACGUAGCUGACUGGAGGUGUUUGUGCUUUGGGCACACAGGAAAGUCUGCCUUCAUCUGCAGCCGAGACCAGUGUUUUUCUAGCAGAUAAUAUAUACGUGCUGACAUGAUGGCCCAGGAGAAGCACGCAAAACUGAAACUGAAGAGAAAGAAAUGCCCUCCACAGGAGUCGAAAGCGGCACAUUCCGCUAGCAACCCGGACUUUGAAGGCUCGCCGAAAAGUUGCAACGAAGAACUGAAAACAUCCCGUCCAGACCGCGCACCGGCACCAAUGGACAUGUGGUGGUGGAACAAACCCGACCUCAGUGUGACUGAGAGUUUGUGGGCGGUCCUGUUGAAGUCUGCCUUCCCAGACCGCAGCCAGGGAGACUGGAUACAUGUGCCCGACCUCCCCUCGCUUGUGUCACAGCCGAGAUUUUCAGAACAAGGGCAUCCUGGAUUGAAGACCUGUGCUAGCUGUGGUGAAGAACAGACCCGUUUUCCAUCGAUUUCCAAAGCAGCAUCCCUUAAUUCACUGAAUUCAGACGUGGAUUUCGAUUCUGAGCCCUAUCCUGGGACUCGGGACCAAAUCCUGAGGGAGAAAGAGAAGCUUGUGCACUGUGACAGACAGCCUCCCAGUGCGACUCAAGCUGAACACGCUGAAAAACCACCUUCAGCUGUGGACAAAGUUGCAGGGGACACCAGACUGAGACAUAACGAGGUGCCUGAAGCCGAACGCGACAGUGAAACGAGGCAGCAGCAACGCCUACGCGAGGCCUUGCCGUCGUCGGGGGCGACGGGAGACGGAACGCGGAGCGCGCUAACUGACGGGGCCGGCGCGGCGGUGGCUAGGCCUCGCUGCCGACGUGAGGAGACCUCCACCGCGAGGCCCCGCUCGUUAGAGAGAGCCCAGCGCGGGAACGAGGAAGAGGACGCGAUCAGAGGGAAGCUACCUGCUCACGGGGGGGGAGACUCUGACAGCUGCAUCGCCACCGAAGAGACGCGUUCGGCGAAACCCCCUCCGGAGGAGGAGCGUCGCCAGGCAGGUUGGCAGAAGGAGCAUACGGCUGCUAAUAACAGGAAAGCUGAUGGGAAUUCAGAUGGAGGUGCAGCUAUAGAGAGCUGCCCCAUGUGUCGCACACAGUUUCCUGCUGGAUUCACCCAACUGGACUGCGACAGUCACCUCGCCAAGUGCUUGUCGGAGAUGAACGAGGACAUUGUCUGGUAGCCACUCCACGAAGAGGGAGGAACACAACCCACUUCCGCUCCUCUUUAAUCACUGAGCCCCUCGGGGGCUGCUCUCUGUUCCUCAUCUGUACACGCGUUCAGUUCACGAUCAGAGGACUCCUUUCUUUUAAACGGCAUUUUCUGCUUUGUAUGCACGAAGCAUCCCCACCCUCGAGGCAUCGCAUCUUGAUGAAACGAAACAAGUGCAAAGGAAGAAGUAGCACAGAAGACGCUGUAAUUAAACAUUUACAAGGGGGUCAAUCUGCCGGUGCAGAAUCUUGUCAAGUGGGUUUUAUUUCCAAAGAGGUUCAUUGGCUGUCGGAGGUUUAUUGAAUAAAUGCAUUGAUUCUAAAACAACGGUAGGCAUCUGAAAUAAGCAAAAUAUUUUUUUUUGUUCUUUUAAAGUAAUAUGGGAUUGGAGAAAUGCAGCAUUCCGUCCCCGAUGACAUGAAUGACUUUAUUGAAAACUCCCAACCGGUGACAAAGAGGUUUGUUUUCUCUUAACCCUUCGAUUUAAGCUUCUGGCACUUGCUUCAUGAAGAAUAUCCCAGGCAUCAUUUACGGAGUGAGAGCAUCGGUAGCUUUCAAAAUAAAAAUACAAAAAAAGGCUGUUUUAGAGUCUGGUAAAACUGCCUAAAAAGCUGCAACAUUUUUUUCAGUUUAGUGAUAGACAAAUGGAUGUUCUCAAGCCCAUUUGACAUGGGCCAUGUGGUCUUUAUUAAACUCAAAAUGAAACUUUAAUAUCCAAGGGGAUUGGGAUCUGAAUAAAGCAAGGCCAAGUAAAACUGUUUUUGGCUAUCUGGCUUAUAAGUGGAAAUUAGUUAUUUAGAGGUACUUUCUUGUUUG